AUGACGCGCCUGACCCAGGCACCUCCGCGCCCCGCAUGCAAGCGUCGCAAGCGUCGCGGUGCCCGAGCACCCAUGUUUCGAAUUCCGCGCGCUCUCUGUGCUCGCACGCUUUUGCACCGCUCAGACGACCUGCGGUGGUUUUCGGACGGACGGCUCGUUCCCAUCGUCGACGACACCGUAAAUGUCCCGAGGGGAACAGACUCCCAGGAUCAGAGGGUAUGCAAGUACCUCAUCGGUCUUGAAUCAUUUGUCGUGGCUUCAAUCAUGACAUCGCCUUCGAUGCGCCAUGAUGCUGUUCAGACCUACUGGAUUAUGCCAGGUUCUCUCUUCUAG